CCAGUCUUCAUCAAAGGCUGCGGGCAUGAAACAUUCAAAUUCCCCUCCAUUAAUUCAAUACUCAAAUCCUAGUCCCCCCUCAUCAACCCUCAUAAACAUUAAAACGCAUAAUGGCCGAACCUACUCCAACACCCAUCACCCCAACACCCAAAACUCCAUGGUGGAAACGCCAACUCGCGAAUCUGAAGCUCAAGCUCAAGACAAAGAACGCGCAAAAAGAAAAGGAGAAGCAAAGGCUGAUUCCCCCUUCAGCAUCACCAUCAUCAUCACUAUCUCCAUUCCCAGCUUUCUCAGCUACCGACGUCACUCUCAGCCCUCUUUUAACCCCCACGACUCAACUAACUCCCACGUCAAACGGAACUAACGCUCAAGCAAUGACAAGAAAACCCGUCCCUCAAAGCCCUGGAAAUAGAGAGGUAUCACAAACGAGUCAAGAAGCCAAGCCCAAUGUCGAUACCCAUAAUCCCAAGAACGAAAAUCAAGAAGAAGACUGGGAACUAACAAGCUCGAGUUCAAGUCGUACGAACAAUGUGGAUGACAUGCCCAACGAGAGGGUUCCGCAAAUCGAGAUCUCAAUACCAGUGCUGGCGCCAGAGCCAGAGCCAGAACGAGUCCCAGGAGCAGGAUCGGAGUUAGACCCACAACGAAAAUCAAGCGCAAAAUCAAGCGCAAAAACGAGCACAAGAGAGUCGGUAUAGUGCACCGUCACGGUGGACGCUGAAUGGUGUGAAUUAGAGGGGGGAGAAUGACUCAGUGGCGAUGAGGAGGAAAGGAUGUCUGGGUGGGAUGAGUUCUGAAUAGGGAGGGGUUUGCUGUGUGAGUGUGGAGGGUGUGCGAGGAUUAAAGGGAGAAGAUACCUAGCUUCGGGUGGGCAGAUGUAUGAGAAGAAGGGAUGG